AUGUCACUAUGAACAGGCAAUGUGGAUGAAAAGAUCCAGUACAAGACGAAGCACAGAUCAACGAAAGUGAGGACUUAACGUGUUAACAAGCGACACUGUAAAUGAUCAAAGCACAUUGUAACAGCACUCAGGGCGAUCGUUGAGAAAACAACGAUGCCAGUAUUAAGCAGAAAACACGACAUUGACCGGAUGUCUAAAAAAUGUCCACCAAAUCUGCAAACGGUCCAUUCUUUUCUUAAACAGUCUGUGAAAGAAGCGCUGAAAAAGUUGAGCGCUCUGGAAAUUUCAUUUUACGGUAAAGGAAAAACAGUCUAUCACGAAGUGAAGAAAUGGGCAGGGCCAUUGGAGGAAGCACGUGAAAUCGCGCAUGCGCCGAAUCUAAGAUGCGCAAAACAAUUGGAUAAAAUAAUCUCGAUGGCGAAUGACCCGUUUACACAUUUCAUAAUGGACAAAAACAACCUUGAAGCAUUAACCGACUGCUACGAUAAAAUCAAAAGUUAUAUUCCAAAUAGAUUUGGUGACCUCACCGAAGAUCUACAUAAAAUUAUGAAAUACCUCCAGACUUACUGUCUUAGUUAUUACGACAUACAUUUAGAACCAAGGUUCGACACGGGGUAUGAGUAUGAGUGUAAACGACAGCGUCUCAGUGAAAACAUCAGACAAUGGUUACAACACAUCGUCCAAUUGCCAGUCAUAUUCAAAGAGACUGGACUUGAUUGUGACUUGGAAGAUUUCUGUUACCCUGUCCGGGAAAUCUCGAGAAAAUGUGAGGUUUUCAAAAUCCCAUUUCUGUUUAUGUUUCCCGAAGCGUGUGAAAGCAUACGGAAUGCUUGCAAUGAGAUGCUAGAAUGGAUUCAAGCAGAUGAACAAUACGCAUCUUUUGUGAAGAAUGAUAUCAUUGAGCUCGAAGCGUCAAAAGAAAAGAAACUGAAACGAUUUCUAGAGAUUCAAAAUAAGUCAUAUCAGCUUGCAUACAGAUUGUCCACGAUGGAAAUGGAGAGUGUGGUUAUGUCUGAGGACCUUGACAAUCUCAAAGAUCGCGAAAAUCAAUUAAUAUGUGAUGAAGAACUUCUCAUGACUGAAAACAAUACAAUCAAAGUUGACAUUGAAGUCAAAGGAUUUAGAAGGGACAAUCUCCGAAAAAAUAUCACCGCAGCUGAAGGCGAGGAGCACCAAGAAGCUCUCAUUGAAGCAUAUGCCGUCUUAGGCGAAGAACUCAAAAGUCUCAGGGGGAAGAUGCCACAAGCCAGGCGGAAACUAGCGGGAGUGAAACUAAAACUUGAAUGGAUAGAACGUAAGAAAGAGGACUUAGAAAAUACAGUUCUGAACUUUGGAAGUGUUAAGCAGGAGAUGAAGAGAGUACAGGAACUAUUAGGCCACGCUGAGACUGAAUAUAGCAAUUGUUUGUCAAAUAUGACAAUUGCCCGUCAAAUACAUCUCUACAAAUCAAGCCCAGAUGCACUUGAAAAAAUAUUCCACGGCCUUCCAGUUGCUUUAAAUUUUGAAAGACUUCCAGGAAACAUGAGCAAAGAAGAUCCCUUCGAGCGAGCUUGCAGCGUGACGUCUCAAUUCAUUGAUAGCGAUUGGUCAAAGCUUUAUCGAACAUUACCGUAUUACCCAGAACGAGGCUGUGAAAACAUUGAACGAGACAUUCGAGAUGUAUCGGAGGAAAUCUCGCGAGAGUCUGAACCCAAAAGAGCUUUAAGAAUGAUCCAUAGAUGGCGAAGGCUCCACACCAGGGCAACACUUGACAAUCUAAAAACAGCUUUGGAAAAACUACGGCGGUUUGACGUACUUCAAGAAAUAGAGCUUGAAUUGAACCCUCCCAAAAAGGAAAAGAAACAAGAAGAGAGUAACAUUCCAGACUUUCUUCCAGAACAUCUUGUGCCAUAUUUUCGAGAAGUUGAGCGAUAUGAUCAGCUGAGAGCGAGUGGAAAAUUAAACGCCACAGUGUAAUUCUUGUGAAUGUGCUUCGGGCCUGAAAAGACUGCGUGUACCAAUGGAUAUAUUCAUUUACUAAAAGUAUAUUAUACUUCAAAAACUAAUUAAUACUUGUGUAAAUGCAUGUUUAAGGUAAUGUUGAAAAUGGUUUGAUAAAGUAAAGGAAUUUACGUUUUAUUAGAAUGAUAUUACCGUGUUAUCCAAAUAAUAGGAUGUGCUAAACAGUCCACUUACAUGUAUACCAUCUAUGUUAUUUACCAAACAUUUAAUCUCUGACAUUGUAACGAAGCACCUCUCAAUGAUUACGUGGUCUCAUUUGUAAUUAAACACGAUGUCUUCCCAUUCCGUCUGCUACAUAGGGCAUCUUCAAAAACGAGUUCAAAAUUAAACUUAAAGAUCAAUGAUAAACUGUGCUUAUAUCAAGGACAAAACUCGAAAUAGGUGAAGGUGUUAAGUAAAUGCCAUGUCUUAACAUAUAGUCAAUAGUCAAUAUAUUGUAUUGACUAUGGUCAAUAUAUUGUAUUGACUAUACCAAGACCUACAUGACAGCACUAUCGAUUCAUUUCUCGAUUUACAAUCAUAAGUAUAGAAAUGUUUCUUUAAUUAAGUGUUUGCAAGUAUUUGCAUGUAAUGUUAGUUAAUGUUUAAAGAAGAAUGAUGUUAAACGAUUUCUCAUGCAACAAAAGCAGGUAAAACAUUUUUUGUUCCGACAUGCCAUCUAUAAAUAUGUCGACAAAUAUGUUUGUGCAAUGAAACAAUCGAAAGUAACAUAUGCGAACUUUAUAAACUAUAGUUUCGAUUUGAUUUAAAUGAAAUAAUGUGUAAUCUCAAAGGAUGGCUGGUACCACUGAAUAUGCAAGUUCGAUUGUUCUGUAAUAAAGAAUAAUAUUACAUUUAUUCAGAUGUUGACCGUGGUUCGUUUGAAUUUAUACAGGACGUAACAUUAAUUUUAUCGUUAUCGCUUGCUUCAAUACAUCUGUAAAUACUAUAAGUUAUUGAAUGAUUCGAAAUGCAAUACAGGAUAUAUUC